AUGUCACCUACACUGAGAAUGGCGCUGCUGUUCAGCAUGAUGGGAUGUGGGCAUUUAAUCACAGUGACGGUUCCCGAGAAAUUUGUGAACGUGACAAAUGGUGAAAGUGCUCUUCUCCAGUGCACGUUUGUUACCACCGUUCAGAACACGAGCGACAUCAUCAUCCAGUGGAGUUUUGAUGCCCAAACCUCCAUUGGGCCACAGCAGGUGUAUUACUCUCAGUCAGGAGAGGACGUUAUUUCUAAACCGUAUGAAGGCAGGUUGAAGGCUCCCACCUAUCCAACUACUAGCAAUGCCUCAAUAACAAUAAGCAACAUGCAAGUGUCAGAUGCAGGGGCCUACACCUGCGAAGUCCACAACUUCCCUGAUGUCAAUGGGAAGACUGAGGCCACUAUCAUUGUCAACGUUCUUGAGAGGCCAUCUGUGCCUUUCUGUGCUGUCCAUGGUGAUGUGGAGUCUGGUCACCUGGUUACCCUCACCUGCCACAGUGAGCGGGGAAGCCCCACCCCCACCUAUACCUGGAUCAGAGUGGAUCAGGACAAGACCAAGACACCUGUAAUGGGGAACACUGAUCCGAAAAUAGGAUCCUUGUAUUUCAGAAACAUAUCCCAGUUUGAGUUUGGAGAGUAUUGUUGCAGUGCCUCUAACGCUGUAGGAUCUGCUACUUGCACUGUGGAGCUCAACCAUGAGUUAAGAGACGGGGCCAUUGCUGGUGCAGUCAUUGGAGCACUUCUUGGAGCUGUCCUUAUUAUCCUUAUUAUCUGGUACAUGACACACUCCAUGAAGAAGCAGAAAUACAAGGCUUCAAAGUCAACAAAGAUGCAAGCCAUCCCUAAGAGUUCGGCCACAGUGGCAUAUGAAGGCGUCCCUACCAGGGGGAGUGGCCAUCAAGCCUAUGUGACCUCCGGAGGGGUUCCCAUGGCAACAAACAGCCACGUCCAUUCUGACGCUGACGGAGAGAAGGCCGAAGCUUAGGAGAGGCCUGACACACGUCUGGGGUGACCUCACUACUCUGAAAAACAAUACUCCACUGGAGUUUGUGUUUUUGUAUGAUGUUUUUUUUUUAUUCACAAUUUAAGUAAUGGUUCAUGUUUGUUUUAUGUGAUAUAAGGAAUUCCAAUUGUCUUGAUUUCACACACCCAAAAAAAUGCUAAUCACUCUACACCCUGAUUAAUGUGGUAAUCCACCCCUUCCCUGACAAAAUGUUUAUUCCCAUUUCAUAUUCAUU